AUGCCAGCGCAGUUCUCAAAUCGCAGGAAAAUAUCUGCUAAGGCGCCACCGAAGCUGUCAAAGAAGCAGAGUAGCAAGAAGUCAAUUCAAUUGCAACCAGAGGACGCCCAGAUAUUCCGAGGACUUGUCUUCUACUUUCUUCCCAACAACGAUAUUGCUGCACCACGCAGAAAGCGUAUCGAGAAGGCUCAAGAGUAUGGAGCUCUCUGGGCUAGGGAGUGGUCAGCCGACGUGACGCAUGUCAUCGUCGAUGCAAAUCUUCGCAUGUCAGAUGUUGAGAAAGCCAUUGGCUCUGACCAAUUGAAGCCUCGCCACGUCAUUGUGAAUGAGAAAUACCCACCUGAUUGCAUUGAAUACCAAGUGCUACUGCCCACCCACCUGCUCAAGUUCCAGGUCUUUCCUGGACCUCGACGUGGCCCAGAAGCAGAAGGGCAGCAGCCUCGUGAGAAGUCUCCAAAGGCACCCUCCGAGCAUUUCAACCGCUCUAAGAUUUUUGCGACUGCUGGUGCAGCCGCCAAGCCUGAUAAUGAACAAGAGGAGCCGGCUGUCGUCACCCAUGAGCCCGCCUCAUUUGCUGCUGUAGAAGGAUUUGGGCCAUCCAUUACUACAAAAAAAGGGGAAAAUGAAGAUGAUGAGCUGGAUAGGAUUGUGGCAGAAGUGCAGGCCACAGCUGAUUUGCCUCUAGAGCUGGAAGAUGACAGCUUGGAACCAUCUUCGUCCACAACUGCCUCCGAUUCGGAAGAUGGUCAGCUGACAAGAAUGCAAGAAAAGAAGCACAAGAGGUCGAUAAGCGAUGUGGUUGAUCCACAGCUCGGUUUCUCCUGUAUGCGGAAGAACGAAGGUACGUCCAAAAGCAAAAAUCCCAAUCUGAGGACCAUUGAGAUGCUGGACAAGAUGGCGCAUUAUUAUGACCGUAUCGGUGACCGCUGGCGCACAAUAUCGUACCGCAAAGCUAUCACAGCCCUAAAGAGACAAACCGAUUACAUCGCAACUCGAGAACAAGCAAUUGGGAUUCCGGGUAUCGGAGAGAGAUUGGCCAGCAAGGUCGAGGAGAUUGCCUGUACAAACAAGUUGAGACGACUAGAAAGCACAGUUACGGACCCGAAUGAUCCGAUUCUGCUGCUUUUCAUGGGGAUCUAUCAAGUCGGCCUCCCCACAGCCUCCAGGUGGAUCGCCCAAGGCCACCAGUCACUCGAAGACCUGAAGUCUAAAGCAGACCUCACUCCUAAUCAAAGGAUCGGUCUUGACCAUUACGACGACUUUCUAUCCAGGAUUCCACGUAGCGAGGUCAUGGCACAUGCGGAUAUAGUGAGAAGGGCUUGUUCAAACGCUGACGCGCAGAUCCAGCUUGUGGUAGGCGGAUCCUGUCGCAGAGGUUCUGCUGACUGUGGUGAUAUUGAUCUGAUCAUCACCAAAGAAAGUGCUUCUCUAGAGCAGAUUCGCACCAUCCUGGUCGACACAGUAAUUCCACAAUUAUUUCAAGACGGCUUCCUGCAAGUGGGCUUAGCGACUUCUAGAUCAAGAUCUACGGACCGAGGUUCAAAAUGGCAUGGAGCAUCAGCUCUUCCUGGUUCGCAAGUUUGGCGUCGUAUAGAUCUUCUAUUCGUUCCGUGGGACGAGUUUGGGGCCGCACUAAUCUACUUCACAGGCAAUGACAUCUUCAACCGCAGUAUCAGACUUCUGGCUAGCAGAAAGAAGAUGCGGCUCAACCAGCAUGGGCUGUACGGAGAUAUAAUGCGAGGCGAGAAACGGGAGCGGAUCACACAGGGGAGGCUUUUGGAGGGAAGGAGUGAGGAACGUAUUUUCGAGAUCUUAGGAUUGCAGACUCAACACCAUCUUCCUGGCGGUGCUUCAAUCAGAAUCAUGGCCUAUAUGGGAAUUUCAUUGGAAUCUGUCAUUCUUGGAAAGCUCGUUGCUGGAGCCAUACCGAGGUGUAUCGCAUUAUCUACCAUUCAGAAGCGCGAUGUUGUAUUCCACAUCUGUGAGAUCGACCUCGCCACCGAAGCCGCUACUGCUGCGAAGAAUCAGACCACAUCAAAGUGGAGCAAGGGCACCGACCAGCCAGGCCUGUCACCUCACAACUAG